ACACAGACGUGGUGGCAAAUCGCCCAACACCGUGCUCAGGGCGCAUCCCUGCUCAGGGCUCCACGGGGUGCUGUGCAUAGGGCAGGGCCGUGGCUCCAUGCCGUGGGACAGCCGCAGCCCCCAGGCACUGCCCUCCACGCUGCCUCUCGCAUCUGGAGCUGCUUUUUGGCACAGACACCCACGUUCCCUGGUGCUGGCAGGCGCAGGGAGCACACAUGGUUAACGCCGUCCGCCUGCGCUGGGCCCACAUCUGGCAGUGGGAGGGCUGCGCCGUGCUCGUCCCGCUGCUUCGCUCUCCUCCUUUGCUUUCCAGAAGUGCAUUUCCGCCCGGCCAUAGGAGGAGACGAGGCUGUCACAGGGGCAGGCUCUGCCCCACGCCGACGGGUCUGGCAGCGCGGCACCAAGCAAUGCCCCAGAGCAGCAAAGGCGGCACGGGGAGAGAGCGGCCCUGCCCCAGAGGGUGCUGCUGCAGCAUGGAGGGGUUUUGGACGCUCGGAGUCUUGCUGCUCUCCUGCCUGCUGCUUCCCAACCCUGUGAGCAGCCAGACCAGCCCCAACCCUGACCAGCAUCCAGCGGAGCCCGAGGAGGUCCCAUCCAAGCACCAGGCAGUCAGCUCCUGUUGCGCUUUGCUUUCUGCCCUUCCCAGGGCCACGCAGGAGCAGAAGGACAGCGGUGCCCAGGAGGGGCUGCCCCCACGGCCCCACUGCGUCCGCUGCUGCGAGCCACCCGAACACCGCUUCUACCCCCGGUACCAGCCCCAGAUCAACAUGACCAUCUUGAAAGGUGAGAAGGGAGAACGCGGUGAGCGGGGCAUGCAGGGGAAGUUCGGCAAGACAGGGGUGGCCGGCAGCAGGGGCCACACGGGGCCCAAAGGACAGAAGGGCAGCGCAGGCGCCCCGGGGGAGCGCUGCAAGAGCCACUACGCUGCCUUCUCGGUGGGCCGCAAGAAACCCCUGCACAGCAACGACUACUACCAAACCCUCAUCUUCGACACGGAGUUCGUCAACCUCUACAACCACUUCAACAUGUUCACGGGGAAGUUCUACUGCUACGUCCCCGGGAUCUACUAUUUCAGCCUGAACGUGCACACCUGGAACCAGAAGGAGACCUACCUGCACAUCAUGCGCAACGGAGCCGAGGUGGUGAUCCUUUAUGCGCAGGUGAGCGACCGCAGCAUCAUGCAGAGCCAGAGCGUCAUGCUGGAGCUGCGUGAGCAGGAUGAGGUCUGGGUGAGGCUCUACAAGGGCGAGCGUGAGAACGCUGUCUUCAGUGAUGAGUAUGACACUUACAUCACUUUCAGUGGGCACCUCAUCAAGUAUAGCGGGGACCCAUGAGUCCUACACCCCCAUCCUGCUCCCUGGGGUGAGGGCCUGCAGAGGCCCUGCUGCUCCCCUUCCUGGGCACGCCACUCUCCUUCCAGCUCUCUUGCUACAUACCACUACCCCCAGCUGUGUGAAUACUUCUCCCCCCCCCCCCCUCACUCCCCUCAGCUCCUGGAAGUUGAUUGAGUGCACUUGGAGGAGAUGGAGACAUUUGUAACCUCUGCCGUAUCCCUGACCCAAGGGCUGGUUGCUCACCUGGAGCAGGCAGGGACCUCGUCCCCACCUGUGCCAGGCUCAGGGCUGGGUGUGCUGGGUGUCCGUGGCACUGGCUCGUAAGCUGGCACCUGCUGGAGUGAUGUGAGCACCUCUGCUGCCCAACACCCACCAACGCACUUGAUGAACGGGAGGGAGCAGUUAUAAAGCCACUGAACAUCACUUCUGCAGAGCUGUGUCCCCUGGGCUGGUGCUUCCCCAGGGCAGAGCAAGCAGCAGGUGGGUGCAGCAGCCCUCUCAUGUCAGUUCCCUCGCUGUGCCCCAUGCCACAGCCACAUCUCGAUGCCAGCACCCAUCGGGAAGAGCUGGCUCCCAGCUGCCCGACAUGCAGGUCCUUCAGCCUCAGCCCCAUCCUUCUCAUCUGGAGAUCUGCUGGGCAGGCUUUUUAUUUUUGUAGACGCACUGGCAGUGCAGGGCCGGGGGCUGCCUCCCGCUCCGUACACUUGUGAUCGCAUUAAACACCCCACGGGUUCGGUUCCUACUCACA